GAAAUUCAACGGUGCGGUGCAGUGUGGUGGGUUGCCGUGCCAUGGGUCCGAGCGAGGCGGUGUUGCUGGGGCUGCUGCUGGGCGCGGCGGAGUGCGGGUCGCACUCCCUGCGCUACUUCAUGACCGGGAUGACGGAUCCCGGCCCCGGGAUGCCGCAGUUCGUGAUCGUCGGGUACGUGGAUGGCGAACUCUUCGGGAAGUACGACAGUAAGAGCCGGUGGGUGCACCCCAUCGUGGAGAAGCUGCCGCAGGAGGAUCAGGAGCACUGGGACACACAAACCCUGAAGGCCCGGGAGGGUGAGCUGGAGUUCUCCGAGGGGCUGCACAGGCUGCAGGUGCGCUACAACAGAAGUGGAGGGUCUCACACACUGCAGAAGAUGUUUGGCUGUGACAUCCUGGAGGACGGCAGCAUCCGAGGGUACGAUCAGUAUGCAUUUGAUGGGAGGGACUACAUUGCCUUUGAUAUGGACACGAUGACGUUCACCGCGGCGGAUCCAGUGGCAGAAAUCACCAAGAGGAGAUGGGAGACAGAAGGGACGUAUGCUGAGAGAUGGAAGCAUGAGCUGGGGACUGUCUGUGUUCAGAACUUGAGGAGAUACCUGGAGCAUGGGAAGGCAGCGCUGAAAAGGAGAGUGCUGCCUGAGGUGCGAGUGUGGGGGAAGGAAGCGAACGGGAUCCUGACCUUGUUCUGCCGCGCUUAUGGCUUCUACCCGUGGCCCAUCAGCAUCAGCUGGAUGAAGGACGGCAUGGUCCGGGACCAGGAGACCCACUGGGGGGGCGUCGUGCCCAAUAGGGAUGGCACCUACCACGCCUCGGCUGCCAUUGAUGUGCUGCCGGAGGAUGGGGACAAGUACCGGUGUCGCGUGGAGCACACCAGCCUGCCCCAGCCUGGCCUCUUCUCAUGGGAGCCGCAGCCCAACUUGAUCCCCAUUGUGGCCGGGGCGGUCGUCGCCAUCGUGGCUGUCAUCGCUGUUGUCGAUGGAUUAUUGGUGUGGAAGAGCAUGUCAGGUAAAAGCAGAGAGCUGGGGGGAGAAAGCAGGAACUGCAGGUGGGGCCUGGACCCCCUUGGGAAUGCCCAUGUUCUGACAUGAGCGCAAUGCUGGCACUUCUUUCUGUCUGCAGGGUAGGAGAAGUAUAGUUACGAAGCAGC